CCAGGAAUAUGUUUACGUCCACACAACAAAAUCCUGCGAAUCAAUGUACUUUAGAAGAUAGAAUAAAGCAAUUACAGGAAAAGUUUGCAGAGAAAGAARGAGAAGUUUCAAUACUAAGGACCAAUUUACAACACUUGAGAGCAUCGUCACAAGUAGAUCAAGAAAAGAAACAGAAAGAAUGGACUGACAAGUUUUCUGCAUUGGAAAAGGAAAAUAAAUCCAUCAAAAGUGAAUUAGAAUUUAAGAAUCUUGAAGUUGCAAAUCUYAAACAUCAAAUUACAGAACUCUUGAAACUAAUAAAUACAGAACAAAAGACCAAAGCUAAUGAGUGCAAAACUACUAUGACAAGUCCUCAAAAGAAAGUAAAGGAAGUGUCGAAUGAAAACACUAAAAUUCAUAUAAAUACUGUGGAAUCAUAA